UGAUGGAGAGGGAGGCUCUGCACAGCUCCCGGUCUCACUAGGACCUUCUGCACUCUGACCCGCACCCCCAACCCCUCCUCCUCUUCACACCGCCUCCUCUUCCCGUCCUCAACCCACCAGGAAGGAUGACCGUGGUGUCAACAGACAACAUGGACGAGACCUCCACCCUGCCAGGUCACCCGCAGGACCCCUACCCGCCCGAUGAUGACCAUGAUGACCACGACUGCUGCGAGCGGGUGGUCAUCAACAUCUCGGGUCUGCGCUUCGAGACCCAGCUCAAGACCCUCGCCCAGUUCCCGGAGACUCUCCUUGGGAACCCCAAGAAGAGGAUGCGCUACUUCGACCCCCUACGAAACGAGUAUUUCUUUGACCGGAAUCGCCCGAGCUUUGACGCCAUCUUGUAUUAUUACCAAUCUGGGGGGAGGCUGAGAAGACCGGUCAACGUGCCGCUGGAUAUGUUCUCAGAGGAGAUUAAAUUUUAUGAACUUGGGGCAGAAGCAAUGGAGAAAUUUCGGGAGGACGAGGGGUUUAUCCGAGAGGAGGAGCGACCCCUGCCGGAGAAGGAGUUCCAACGGCAGAUCUGGCUCCUCUUCGAGCAUCCGGAGAGUUCUGGACCGGCCCGGGGGAUCGCCAUCGUCUCCGUGAUGGUUAUUCUUAUUUCAAUAGUCAUAUUUUGUUUGGAGACACUACCAGAGCUGAAGGAGGAUCCCAAUGACCGGAUCCGGGUGGUGGGGAACACCACCAUCUAUUACAAACCAAACGUCCUCACAGACCCUUUCUUCGUGGUGGAGACUCUCUGCAUCAUCUGGUUUUCCUUUGAGUUGAUAGUUCGGUUUUUCGCCUGCCCUAGCAAGGCGGCGUUCUUUAAAAACAUGAUGAACUCCAUCGAUAUUGUGGCUAUAAUCCCGUACUUCAUCACACUUGGCACAGAGCUGGCCGACGACCAAGAGAACGGGGAGGGGAAGGCUGGCGGCGGGGAGCAGGCUACAUCUCUGGCUAUUCUCAGGGUAAUCCGUCUGGUGAGGGUUUUCAGGAUCUUUAAACUGUCCCGACACUCAAAGGGGCUCCAGAUUCUGGGGCAAACUCUAAAGGCGAGCAUGCGGGAGCUGGGCUUGCUCAUUUUCUUCCUCUUCAUCGGCGUGAUUUUGUUCUCCAGCGCCGUCUACUUCGCCGAGGCCGAGGAGAAGGAGUCGUUCUUCACCAGCAUCCCGGAUGCUUUCUGGUGGGCCGUGGUGUCUAUGACGACCGUCGGCUACGGGGACAUGUACCCCGUGACCAUCGGAGGAAAGAUCGUGGGCUCGCUGUGCGCCAUCGCCGGCGUGUUGACCAUCGCGCUGCCGGUGCCGGUCAUCGUGUCCAACUUCAACUACUUUUACCACCGGGAGACGGAGGGAGAGGAGCAGGCCCAGCUGCUCAACGUCAGCAAUCAGAACUUGGCGUCGGACACCAACUCGAGCCGCCGGAGCUCCUCCGUGGUCAGCAAGUCGGAGUACAUGGAGAUAGACGAGGACAUGAACAACAGCAUCGACAACUUUAGGGAAGCGAACCUUAGGACUGCCAACUGCACGGCGCCCAGCCAGAACUGUGUGAACAAGGGGAAGCUGCUCACCGACGUGUGAGGCGGCGUCCAAACGCACCAGUGUAAAUAUUGUAGAAAUAUCUGGAUGCUUUAUCUCCAUUGGUGCAUUUUAUUCUCUUUUUUUGCAUUGAUUCAUUCAAACGUGUGUGAAGACGUAAAUAGUUUAAAAAGCACACAUGGUAAAUCUGUAGGAGUAGAAGCUGUUAAUCCAUUAAAAAAUAGAAGGUCGGUGUUGGGGAAACAUUUCUGAUAAAUUAAUCAAUUUAUUUAGGAACUUGUACCUUUGAAUUCCUUUAUUUAGUCCAUGAAAAUAAAGGGGAACUCCACCAAGGUCUCGGUGUGAACUAAGCCUGUGAAAACACUUUCGUCCAGUCUUGAUGAUGUCAGAAUGAUGUCAUUGGGGUUAUCUGAACUUGGGCUGAGACACAACAUGUGAAACUCAGACGAUGGAGUUUUUAAACACAUGGCUAGGCUGGAAAGAGACACUGCCAAGCUGCAUUAUGGGAAAUGCAGUGUUUUGGUUGCUUUCCCCGCAGCAGAGGACAAGAACGUCAGGAUGUUAUUGGUCAAUGUUGCAUCAGUUUUGACCAUUAAAAAAAAAAAUCUGUCUGUAAUUAGUCUAAACUUUUUGGAAGUGCCCCUUUAACAGUGUCACUACCUUCAUUCUGUUAGCAUUAAAACAGCUUGGCUUUGAUUGUAGACUGAGAUUCAUGGAUAUACUUUCUCUCACAUGUCGUUGGGGUUACAGCUUGUUUUGCUAUAAAAACCCAGAUGAGCACUUUCAGAAAGUCUCAACUUUAUUUUCCUGCUGCGCAAAACAGAAAAAAGGGAGUGAAAUAAAUAACUUCAAAGGGAGUUUUAGUAAAGUUGAAGGUUUAUCUGUACAGAACCUCUCAACAACAGGGCAACUCGAGGUGCUUUACAUCUGACAAAAAAAGGCAUUAAAAACCAGAUAAAACAGAAACAAAGCAAUAUAAAAAAAGACACAAACAGGGUUUAAAAACAGAGGGAAAGAACUGUUGUUUUCAGAAACGCGAGGGUUUGAAUGACUAAGUAGGAAGAAAAAAAACAAACUGAAUUUAUCAAAACGUCUCCCUGACACCGACCAGGCUUUGUUCUACACAAUCAACUUUCAGGAUAAAAAAAGACAAAAGAAUAAAACAGCAAAGCCCAACUGAGAUUUGAAGAACAUGUUCAAGGACAACUCGCUCCCUGAGGAAACACAUUUAAGUGGAUUACAGUUGAUGUUCAGGCGUGUUUUUUUUUUUUUCUGCAGCACAUCCAGGGAAAGUUUU